UUGUCUCAGAGAGAAUAUGUGCCAUUAAUGCAGUGUUAGCCGUCAGUUUUUUUACUUUCACUUUCUCUAGUGAAUUGACUGACUUUCACCGUCUUGCGCAAAGUUUGCUUGACCGCUUCCCCAUAUUGCCAAUUGUUUAUAGGCUGUGCCGGGGCUAAGCAAGUUUCUGAUGGGGCUAUAGCCCCGUCAAGCCCCGCCCUAGCGCCGCCACUGUAUACAACCAACAGAACAUAUGUAGACAGAGGGAGAGAGAGAGUGCACCUUAGAACGCAACCAGACACGCGCGCUGCAGAUGGGAGGGGUACCCCACAGAUGUUCCUAUGAGGAAGAUUCAAAACGCACCAUAAAAUCUUCAAAAACAUUACUCGACAGCUCAUUUAUGGUUUUUACCACUGGCCAGACAACAUAUCUCAUCCCAUCCCAUUUCCGCAUCUGAAACUCAUUAUGAGAUCAAAGAUCACAUAUGGAUAUUAUUAAUAUUAUUAUGAGGUCAUGAAAGGUCAAAGUCAUUAAUCAUUUUUGUCAUAUGUAGCCGGUUAUCACUACUCAUGCGUGUUUGAGGCUCGGUAUUAGCCAUUUCUUUCAUCACUGUAAAAAUAAUCAUGCCCUUCUCCUCAUUACAGAAAUCCUCACUGACAGCUCUGCUUAUCAGCUGAGAAUUUAAUGAGAUGUUAAUGUCUUGUUAAUGAGGUGGUUCAGAAGUUCAAAUGCAAUGAUUAUUCUAUGCUGUCAUUACCUCUAAUUACUCCUCCUUACAAAUGUGACCAACCUUAAUCUAAGUCACUGUAAAGAUUGCCAUAUUUAAAUAAGGUGAUAAAAAUACCUGGUGAGAUUCAUCCUAAACACUAAACUCUCUCUGUCAUAAUAGAGGAGAUUCUUCACGCUCUUGAGCUCUGAGCUGUGGAUGGGGUGGAGAUGAAGAUCUGUAUAUAUACACCAUAGCUGCUCAGAAGAUAAGCAUCAUAGAAUUGCUUCCAGACUUGAGUUCAAGUCAUUUUGGUGCAGUUACUCCGUUAACAAACAGGAACAUACACUCUUCAGAUACAUUCAGGAACAAGAACUGCAAACAUGAAUCCUCAUGUAGAAGUUAAUGGUGCUGUACUGCAGGUACGUUCUAUUGAUCUGAUCAAGACCAGGAAAGGACAGAAUCGACAGGAGCAUCACACAGAUGCUUUCUUUAGCAAUCAUCUGAUCGUCCGUAGAGGACAGUGUUUCCAGAUGUCUAUUGAGCUCUCUCGACCCUUUGUUCCAAACAGAGACCAGCUUCACCUGGAGCUGAGACUUGGAAAUGUCUUACCAGUACACAGGGGCAGUUUUGUGAUUGUUCCACUGGUGUCGGAAUUCAGGAAAGAUGCCUGGGAGGCAAAAAUUGUUGAACAGGCAAAAACCACAAUCAGAUUGGCGGUUUAUUCCCUUCCAACUGCUUGUGUUGGACGGUACAAACUCAAUGUAGUAACAAACUGCCCAACGGGAAAGGCCACUUCACCAGACACUCCUGAAAAUGACAUUUACGUGCUAUUCAACCCUUGGUGCAAAGAUGACAAUGUGUACAUGAAUUAUGAGGCAGAGAGAGCUGAGUAUGUACUGAAUGAUAUGGGGAAAAUCUACUAUGGAACUGAGCAACAGAUCGGUACCAGAACCUGGAAUUUUGGACAGUUUGAUGAAGGAGUCUUGGCUGCGUGUUUCUUUGUGUUGGAGAGGAGUGGUGGGUCUUGCUCAGGAUGGGGAGAUCCUAUUAAUGUAGUCAGAGUGGUAUCUGCCAUGGUUAAUUCCAACGAUGAUGAUGGAGUGCUGAUGGGUAACUGGAAAAAGACCUGUGAGGGGGGAAUUUCUCCUACAGUUUGGAGCGGCAGCAGUGCCAUCCUGAAACAGUACCACAGCAGUGGAGGAGUACCUGUCAAAUAUGGGCAGUGCUGGGUCUUUGCUGGAGUCACUAACACACUGUUGCGGUGUUUUGGCAUUCCCACUCGUCCAGUCUCAAACUUCAGUUCUGCUCACGACACUGACUCUUCCUUGACGACAGAUGUUUAUUUAGAUGAGAAUCUUGAAGAGAUUAAAAACAUUACCCGUGAUUCAAUCUGGAAUUUCCACGUGUGGAAUGAGGCCUGGAUGGCUCGGCCGGACCUGCCAUCUGGUUUCGGAGGUUGGCAGGUUGUUGAUGCGACUCCUCAGGAGACCAGCCAGGGCGUCUUCCGCUGCGGCCCCACCUCUGUUGCUGCAGUCCGCAGCGGACAGGUCUACCUCAAAUAUGACACACCCUUCGUUUUCGCUGAGGUGAACAGCGAUAAAGUCUACUGGCAGCGCAAAAGUAACGGGACCUUUGCUGUGAUUCGGGUUGACAAGAGUGCUGUAGGUCGCUACAUCAGCACCAAAGCUGUCGGCUCAGAUGGACGUGUAGACAUUACGCACCUCUACAAAUAUGCAGAAGGUUCUUUGGAGGAGCGCACUGCUGUGGAAACAGCCUGUAGAUAUGGCUCCAAACGACCCACCUACUCUCCCGACGGUGACAGCGAUGUGACGCUUGAUAUUGCUAUGGAGGAUGAAGGACCAUAUGUUGGUCAGGAUGCUGUUCUGUCCAUCGUUCUGAAGAACAACAGCAGCUCACCUCGCAGUCUCCAUCUCAACAGCCAGGUGUCGGUCACGUACCACAAUGUAGUCAACAGGACCUUCCUGAAGAAAGACCAGAUGAGCCUUGCGCUCAAGCCUCAUGAGGUCCAGACUCUGGAGUGGACGCUGCAGUAUGAGGCCUAUAAGCACCUUCUGGGGGAUCAUGCGGCACUGAUACUCACUCUCUCUGGACUGGUCACUGAGACUAGUCAAACUCUGGCCAAACAGUUCAGCUUCAGGCUGCGCACACCAGACCUCAUCAUCACUCCUGUAUGUGAUGCUGUGCUGGGCAGAGAGCUGAAAGUCAAAAUCAAGUUCCAGAACCCACUGCCCUGUGUGCUGAGGAACGUCAUAUUCCGGAUUGAAGGAUUGGGAAUGCAGCAUGUCAAAACCAUUCACUAUGGUGAUAUUGCAUACCAAGCCUCAGUGAGUCUGACAGAGACAGUUGUUCCCAAACGGUCCGGCCCACAGAAGCUUCUAGCAACACUGGACUGCCUUCAGCUCACUCAGGUGCAUGGAGUCGCAAACAUCCUGGUCAAAGAUUACUGAAUAAUCUUCACUUCAUCUAAUCAGUGCAAAUAUCCACAUUCUUAAAACACUGACAACUGCAGUGUGACUUCAGUAUUUUAGUAUGAGGGCAAAUGUGUUUGACCUAAUCUAUGCAAUACAAGCAUAAUGCUUUUCGAGGUACUUGUCCUAAUUAGCCUUUGCUUGUAGAUCUAUG